AUGUACUUUUUCGUGGCAGCUGCGACGACGUCUGAAUCGGCAAAGAUCGAGAUGCAAGACCAAUUCGCCUCGUACUUUCUCGGCGAGCGACUCUCGAUUGAACGCUUGGAUUUAAAAUCGCACGUGGCGGUGGGGGAGUGGAAAGAUAAAAUUUUAUUCACGCACGGACGAACGCCGGAUAUCGUCGUGGCGAACGUGGGGAAGUUACCGCAAACGGUCGCGGAGAGCAUGCACGAAACGUCGUGCGCGCCGAGAAUGUGGGCGGAAAAGCCGCAACAUUGGGCUCGAUCGUGCGAUGAUAUGAAAGGUGUCUUGAACGUCCAAAGCGCGUUCGCCGGGACGAUGGUUUGCGGCGACGAGAAGGUUUUAGGGAAAGGGUGGAUGUCGCUCAGGUCGCCGGAGGAGUGUUCGUGUCACGUGAGACCGAGGAAGAUUGUGAACGUGACGCAGGUGAUUCAUCCGCCGUGCGUGCACGCCGUCGCGCCAUAUCGAGUGUCCCUGGCGAGCAUACAAGCCGCGACGAAAAUGUUGGCGAGAGAUUUUAAAGGUGAAAAGGCGGAGGAAGAGGUGAUUUGCGCGUCCAUCGAUCCCGGCUGUUUACCAGGUAUGACGUGUGGGAUGCCGCCGCAGAACCAGUAUCAGCCCGUGCAAAAGGAUAAACUUCGAGACGAACAAUUUGAAAAACACGGCAUCACGGAGAGAGAAAAGUACACGCAGUGGGCAAAAGCGUUCGUUCCUUUCGUUUUGAACUUGGAAAAGCCGCAAAACGGAAAAGCGUUGCACUUGCCAGGUUUUCCAGGCGUCCCGGCUUUAAAAUAUUGA